GGACUCUCUGCGCUGCGUCAGUAACAGCACAAUAUGGCAUCCUGGACUUUGUUGAUGCUCCUUAUGUUUGCAGUCCUCAAUGAGCAAGGCUCAAAGGCUCAGGAUUGUGGAGUGGCACCUCUGAACACAAGGAUAGUGGGUGGCGAGGGUACCACAGCGGGGUCAUGGCCCUGGCAGGUCAGCAUACACUUGAAUCAAGUACAGCGUCACAUCUGUGGAGGGACCCUGAUCAGUGACCAGUGGGUACUCACAGCGGCCCACUGCAUCAUUAUACCCUCAACUAGUGCAUGGACUCUCUAUUUCGGAAGAGAGACUCAGUCUGGCCUUAACGUCCAUGAGGUGAUCCGCAACUUGUCAAAGAUCAUCAUCCAUCCUGACUACAACAAUACAACGUUUAACAACGACAUUGCCCUGUUGAAGCUUAGCAGCCCUGUCAAUUUCACUGACUACAUCAAACCUAUCUGCCUGGCAAGUAACUCCAGCCAGUUUCACAACUCCACCCUCUGCUGGACCACCGGUUGGGGAAGACUAGGAAAGAAUGAGUUCUUACCAGUCUCUGCCUCACUGCAGGAGGUUCAGAUUCCUGUCAUGGGAGAAAAGCAGUGCUUGUGCAACUACCUUACACUAAAUGUAACACUCACUGAUACAAUGAUGUGUGCAGGACAAGAGAACAAAGGAGCAUGUCAGGGGGACUCCGGUGGUCCUUUGCAAUGCAAACAAACCUCAAACUGGAUCCAGGCUGGCAUUACCAGUUUUGGAGAACCUUGUGCCACGGCUGGUUUACCUGAAGUCUAUGCCCGAGUGUCUCAGUUCCACACUUGGAUUAUGGAUCAAGUGGCGGGGGCAAAAGUUACCUUUGUGACCUACAACUCCAGAGGCACCGACCAAGACGACAGCUUUGUGUGUCGCAGCUCUGACUCUGAUGUUACAGCUGAACUUACUUACAUUGUCAUCUUAGUGACAGUGUUCCUGCAGCACACUGUAGCUCCAUAGCAUAGUUUUGCUUCUCAAACUCGUCUUCUGUUGUGUGGGGUUAUGUUUAAGAUGAUGUCUAUAGAUCUAUCUAUAACAUCAUGAUGAUUGAGUUUAUGCGGUGAAAAUGUAUGUAACAUAAUUGCAAUG